CGCAGUUUGAACUUUCGCGAAGUGCAAGCAUUCACAUUGUUUAGUUGGAAGCUGUUCUACAACAGUGAAGUACAUUUACAGUUACAAAAUGCAACCUGUCCAAGUGAAAAGGAUAGCGUGUGCGGUGCUAAUCGCGGGAGUCAUAAAUCAAAUCAGUGGCCAGACGGACUACUGUGAGCCAUCUUUGUGUAAGAACAAUCUGGCACACGUCGGCUGCGGGAAGAGUGGUAAUUACGGGCCUUAUUGUCCCGUCGAUCGCCAGUUGGUGCCGAUGACGGAAGAAGUGAAGACCUAUAUCCUUGAUCUGCACAAUGUGUUCAGGGCCAACGUAGCACGCGGAGAAGUGACAAACUAUGCUUCAGCUUCUCGGAUGCCAACGUUGGUUUGGAACGAAGAGCUACAGAAACUAGCCGAGUACAACGUUAAGACCUGUAUCUACGGUCACGACUAUUGUCGCAACACGAAAGAUUUUCCACUGGUCGGACAGAACAUUGCGGCCAAUUCGUUCUACGGCAUGGAGGUGACUCCAUUAGAUACCAUGACCGAGUUGCUGUAUAGUUGGUACGGUGAGAACGAAAACGCCAACCAAGACUACAUCGAUUCCUAUCCGCUGCUGGGACAAGAUCCACCGAAAGAUAUUGGGCACUUCACACAGAUUGUGAUGGACAAGGCUACGUCCGUAGGAUGCGCAAUGAUACAGUACACACAGAAUGAGCAAGGCCACGACUGGGUUCAUCAGAACUACGUUUGCAACUAUUCAAACUCCAUUGCACGCGGACAUCCGGUGUACGUCAGGGGUAACCCUUGCGAGUUGUGCGUCACUGGCUGCAGCUCCAACUAUCCUGGCCUGUGCAAUAUCGGAGAACCUGUGCUCCCGACGGCAGCAUGGUGAAACCCGUUUUGAGCGUCCGGUUUCAAGUCGAGAGGAAAAACUGAUCACCUGCAGCACAGUCGAACAUGCUUGAUGAAGUUGAACAGUUUUAAAUUUUAUUUAUUAAUACGCGAAAGCAUUUCACUCCAUUUGCCACUGUAAGCCAGCUAAGUGAAACAGCAUUAAAUGUAACGAUCAUCGA